UUGAUUCUGGAGUUAAUUUGUAAAACAUGUACUCCAGCAGUGUAAAAGUUACUCUCAUGCGAGUGUUACAAUCGCGUGUUAAUAAAAAAAUACUCUAGUGGAGAGUUGUUUACACAUCCGGGGUAUUAUUGAAGCUUGAGAGGAUGGAGAAGAGGUCCAAGGAGGACGCCAUUACAUUCCAGCAUCGCGACGGGAAAGACCCCACACAAUGCUUCUGAAAGUACAAUAUAGGACUUUGAAGAAGUACAUUAAACUACAGCCUCAAUGCACUUUUGAGGAGGUCAUUAAAGAAGUUAAAGAGAAGUUUGAAAUCGCAUCAUCGACGGAGUUGACGUUAUUUGAUGAGUCUGACACUGCGAUUGAUGAGGACGUUUUCCAAGACCUCAUCACAGACAACCCACACAUCUGCUUGGUGGCAAAACCUUUGGAUGAUGUGCUUCUCUUGAGUCCCGCCCAGACCGCUGAUGCAGCUAUCCCAGCCCAGCCUCCCAGCCCAGGCUUCCGUUCCCAACCCGAUGGUGCAGAGACUGCUAGAAGGAUGAUUCAGGAAGUUCUGGAGAAGAGUGCAGGAGGACAGGAAAUAAUGGCGGAGUAUAGGAGAUCCAGUACCUUGACUCACUGCACGAGAAGGCAUCUUGUGAAUAUCUUAGUCAGCCACAUGGUUGAAAUGCAUGGAAAAACUCCAGUACGCUCCCGAAGGGAACAGUAUGCGCUUGGGAUUGUGAGCUUGUUUCCAAAUCUGAGGGAUCCUUACUCGACCAAUGGCUACGAGCACUUUUAUGAUUCAGCUAGUGGCACAGGCUACUUGUCGUGGCGACUAAAGACGGUACAGAGGAAGGCGUCUCAACGUUCUGCAAGUAGCAGUCCUGUGGCCCUCCAGGGAGGUCCCAGCUUGAAGAGGACAGCCCCAGAACAACCGCUGGAUGGAGAUGCUGUUAGGGAGGCCAUGUCCCUGCUUCUACAUUCCACUGAUGAUGCAGUCGUUCGCAGCAAGAUGGAGGACACGUUUCACCAUCGCCAAGAGCUGGUUCAUAAUCCAGAGAUGACUACUGAGGUUCUGAAAACAUACCCAAGAUUUCUUGAUGUGAAAGGUUUGAUUAACCAAGACUUCAGACUUCUGUUUGGAGUGGACACGUCAUCUAAGCUGAUGGAGAAAUGGGAUGCCAUCAAAUCCAAGAUAAUCGAAGAGGCUCAACUCUUGACCCAGACUCUCACGGUGCAGAACCUGUUGAUGUCAGCGAAGAAGACUGAAGAUGAUGAUGCUGGUCCGGAAUGGGACGCAGAUAUGGCGACGCUGUUGUUGUUGCUUCACCUCCUUCCACCUCAACCAGUUGGAAAGAAGUCUCUGAAGAUAAGUGCCGAAGCUGCAAUUGAGAAGCUUGUCGUUUACCACAAGUCUUGUUGCAGUUUUGAAGAGGCAAUGAAGGACAAACAAGAUCGCCAGCCAUACCUCCUUGCUGUAGGACGAAGCCAGAAUCGCAUUGACCACUUCUACAUUGCCUUGGACAAGAAAUUGGUCCCAUGUGACGCUGUUCGCUCUGUCGGGGCUUUUGAUGAGUUGUUUAAGAUUCAUUUCGUUCUCAAUCUGGCAUAUGACUGUGCUCUUCUGAAUUUCUACACCUUUCUGCAAACCACAGUGUACAAAAUAGACAUCGGCAAAACCAAAGAAUCCCCAAGAGUGAAAGAGCUCAGAGCCAAACUUUUGAAUUAGGACUAGAGUCAUGUUGAGUUGUUUUAAAUGCCCAGAAGUCCAUGGGUCAAGUAAAUCUUUGAUUUCCCAUUUGAAAUUUACACAUGGCUUCUAUCCCACUUCAAAACAGAGAUUACUGUGCAAUCAAGAAAGGUGUCGUAAGCAGUUCCUCACAUAUUCAGGGUACAGUAAACAUUUGGAAAGCACUCAUUUACCAGUAAACAAUGAGGAACAUGAACAGAAUUUGGGCCCUCGUGGACAAAUUUCAGACCAAAUUGAUGUCGACUUGACUAGUUCAAAUGAUUAUCCGACUAGUUCAAAUGAUUCUCAGACUGCAUCAACAGACACAUCAGAGAACAGAAGGCCCACAAUUUCCUCUGAAUUCCUCAAGAACAGGUGUGUCUCAAUAGCGACAAGACUUCAAGAUAGCGGUGCUGGAAAUGCUUUUAUUUCAAGUAUCGUAAGUGAACUUGAAGAAUAUACUACAGAGUUGCGUGAUUACUUUCAGCAGAGUACUUUAGAAGCAAUUCCAACAGACAAUACUUGUAGGAAUGACGUCAAGCAGAACUUUGAACAUUUUGAGAACCCGGUUUCUUUUUUAAAUUCUGAAUCUAAAAGGCUGAAAUAUCUUAAAGAGAAGUGGGAGGUUGUUGAGCCACUUGAGUUAACGCUUGGAGUGCGAUUUGAUAGUCGUCUAAACAAGAAUUCACGUAUGUUUGAUCAAGUUCAAGUUAAAGACACUUUCAUUUAUAUACCCAUUCUAGAGACCCUGAAAUUUAUGUUCCGCAACGCUGAUGUAUGUGAAAAGGUGAAAGCAGAUACAACCAACACUCACACUUAUGAAGAUUUUAAAGAUGGCAGCUAUUUUAAGACUCACCCACUGUUCUCAAAACAUACAAAUGCUUUACAAAUACAGCUUUAUUACGAUGAUUUUGAAACAGCAAAUCCUCUAGGAAGUAAACACUCAAUUCACAAGUUGGGUUGCCUUUAUUUUAUCUUGAGAAAUCUGCCGCCAAAAUGUAAUUCUGCUGUCAUGAAUAUACACCUUGUGAGCCUUUUUCAUAGCCAGGAUGUGAAGAGGUACGGAUACGAUGCCAUUCUUGAGCCUUUAAUUUGUGACAUCAAAUCACUUGAAAAUGAGGGAAUUGACUUGCCUAUCUCUCCACAAAAGGUUUAUGGAACAAUUUCUCAAAUAUUGGGCGAUAAUUUGGGAUUGAAUGCAAUUCUUGGUUAUAAUGAGUCUUUUAGCAGUAAUUAUUAUUGCAGAUUGUGUGUGCUAGACAAAAAUGCUGCGCAGACUGUGUAUAGUGAGGAUGACCCUUCUGUGGUAAUACGUGACAUUCACAGUUUUGACAGUCAUUGCAGGGAUCUUAAUUCAGAUCCACAACUAAGAUCUGUUUAUGGGUUGAAAAGGAACUCAAUCCUCAAUACUUUGACUUAUUUUCAUGUUGUCAAUAAUGUCGCAGUUGACAUUAUGCAUGAUUUGCUGGAAGGCGUUGCUCAGUUUGAGCUGAAGUUGCUUUUUGAACACCUUACUAGUUCUGGUUCAAUAAGUAAAGGUGAUCUUCUAGCUCGAGUUUAUUCAUUUGACUAUGGUUACAUGGAACGUAAAAACAGGCCUACCAAUGUUAAUCUUGAUGGAACUGGGAAUGGUAUUGGCCUGAAUGCGAUACAGACUUUUUGUCUUGUGAGGAACACUCCUUUAAUUUUUGGUGACCUCUUUAUUAAUGAUAGCGCACAUUGGACAUUACUUCUUUUGUUACUUCAGAUAAUGAAUGUAGUUUUUUCCCCUCGACUUACCGAGGGAAUGACUGUUUAUCUGAAACACCUAAUAAAUGAACACCACGAACUAUUUAAAAAAACCUAUGCACGUCGACUUCUGCCGAAACACCAUCUGAUGAUCCAUUAUCCUUCAUGCUUGAGGAAAGUUGGUCCAUUAUUGCAUAUAUCGACCAUCAGAUUUGAGGCUAAGCACAAGUUUUUUAAAGACUCAAUAAAAAACUUUAAAAACAUAACAAAAUCUCUGGCCAAGGCCCAUCAAAUGGCUAUGGGUUCACAUUGGCACAGAAUGAGCCUAAAUAAAUUGGAGCAUGGGCCAAUGAAAUUGUUUAUUGAUGAGUUUGAUAUUCAUGAAUAUUUUGCAUCAACACAGGAUUUGUGUUGCACGUCAUGGGUGAAAGUGGAUGGCUGUGAGUAUAGGGAGGGUUUAAUCGUUUGUACAGGUGUUGAGGAUGAAUUGCCUCUAUUUUGUAAGAUAGUGAAAGUGUUACUGUGUGGUGGUGAUGUUUCGUUUGUUGUCCGUGAAAUGAUCAAUAAUGGGUUUGAUGAACAUUUCCAUGCAUUUAUUGUCUCUCAUACAGAAAAAGAAUACUUUGUUAUCAAGUGCUCUGAUCUUUUGGCACCCAAAUGUUUUUCUUUACAAAAUGCAUAUGGGCCAGACGCAGGCAAUAUGUAUAUUGUCCCUGUCUUUUCCUUGAUAUAAAAUUGCUGUGAGGAAAAUAAAAACAAUUGAAAUAUGAAA